AUGGUAAUUUGUAAUAAUAAAGUUUGUAUUGUUGACUCUACGCAAAUGCGUAGCAUCGCCGAUGCUAUGAAGCCUGAUGGGUCUAAAUUUGACAGCGAUAUCACUUAUGAGAUAGACGGCACUGUUUUAACGUGGAUCGUCAAUCACAGCGAUAAACAAGUGCGAUUUGAAUGCGCUAAUCUUCUGGAAAUAAUCGAUGGGUAUUACAAAGCCGAAUUCUUUCUGGAAACCAAAAGGGUUUUCGAAGUCCCCUCCUAUUUUACAAACUUUGGGGAUGCCACAGAUGUAACAUUUACGAGUUACCUGGACGGAGAAAAUUAUGUGGACGAACUUGAGGAGUAUACUACUGAGACGGGAACUACAGAAGAGGGUUCUCAGGUUGCAGAUGCUCCUACUGGAAAGGGUAAGAGAGGCAGGAGGGGGCCUAGAGGGCCUUCCUCUAAGCCAAGAGCUCCAAGGGGUUCUAAAUCGUCGGAUGCGAAAUCUAAGAAUGCCUCAGAAUCUGCCAUGCCCAGUAAACAUACAGAGAGUACAAAGUUGAAAAGUGAAGAGACAGUUGAACAGAAUUAUACCCUACGUGAAAAACGGAACACUAGUGCUCCAAAACCAAAGACUGAGAAUCCUCGCGCUGGGGAUAGUAAAAGGGGUCCAAAACAGAGACAGGAUACAAUUACUACACCCACUACAAAGGGCUCCAGCUUGUUUGCCGUUAGCACUAGUGACACUGAUAUUCAUUUUCCAGAGGACAGUUCCUCAGAUCCAAAAGAGGAUGAUGAAGAGUACAUUGUUACUCUAAAAAAAACCACAAAACGUCAAAAGGAUGAGGACUACGUGGUCUCAGAUAAGAAGGAAGUUUCUGAGGAUGACAUUGAGACAGCAGUCAGAAGGGGUACACGCAUUAGAAAAGUAUCCGUAUUCCAGGAUUGUUAUCUUCCUGGCGCCAACAAUGAAUGGAUUUCGGAAGUAUUUAUUGGAACCAAUAGCAUUAAUUUUUAA